GUACCUCCUUUCCAAAGCCACGCCCCCCCCCUUCACCCCGCUAAUGACGGGCACUUAACCGUGCCUGCCCCCGCCGCCCGUCCCGCACACUGGAAGCGGCUACGGCGGCAAGAGGAACAAAAGUCCAAACGAGACGACAGCGAAAGCGAAAAGAAGAAGACGAGAAGCUCCCUCCCGCCAAUUCAAAGUUUUCCCAUGCGGACACUUUUUCCCGCGCGAUGGAUUUGGCGGACCGCCGCUACUCGUCUCCGUACGACUACACCUUCAAUUUCUGGAACGACUACUUGGGCUUGUCCACCCUGGUGGCCCCGAACCGGACCCGGGGCCCGGCCGGGUGUAGCGGCCCCAACUCCAUAACGGAGUCGCUGAAAGCCACGCUGGGCUUGGACGACUCGCCGGACGAGCCGCGGCGGCGCUUCUCGCCGCUCCGCCGACGGCCGCUCGGAGACGACGCGGCCGCCUACGCGGGGCGCGGCUCCGCGGGGGGUCCGGAGCGCGGACGCAAGGCCGAGCCCGGGGCGUGCGCGUUUUGUCGGAAUAACGGCGCCCCGUGGGAGGUGUACGGCACGCACGUUCUGAAGGCGGCGGACGGACGGGUGCUGUGCCCCAUCUUGCGGGCGUACACUUGCCCGCUGUGCGGCGCCAACGGGGACAACGCGCACACCAUCAAGUACUGCCCGCACUCCGCCAGGGAGCCACCCGGGGGCCGCAGGAUGAUGCCGCAGGCCAAGGGGAGCGCAACGCCCGGCAAGAGGCUCAAAGUCUUCUCCUGAACGUCAACGUCACGUCGGCCAGGGUUGGAAAACAUUCAGCGCAAGUUUG